CACUCCUCUUCCCGAUGCUUGCAGACGGAGCCAGCCUCUUCCAGCACUUCCUGGAUUCGUACCAGGUCAUGUUCUUCACGCUUUUUGCGCUGCUGGCUGGGACCGCUGUCGUGAUCAUAGCCUACCACACGGUCUGUGCGCCCCGCGAGCUCGCCACACCUCCAGCCCUCUCCCCCCGAGCCAGCCCUCGGCAGAGCCCCCACUAUUUUGCUGCCUCGUCGCCGAUGCCUUUCAGUGCACUGCCUCCUGCGCGCAGAGCCAGUCCUCCCUCGGGGCUGUGGAGCCCUGCGUACACCUCCCACUAGUCAGCACGCGGGGCUGGGCCGGCGGCUGCC